CUAACCACCGCACCACGGUGCUGCCCAGUGGCACACUAUUGUGUUGUUAUAAUAUUAAAAAUAAUAAAAAUUGCCAUAAGGGUUAUAAAAUCAGGUGUUACUGCAUGUUAUAUUCUGGUAAAAGAUAGAGAAUUAAAUAAGAUUUUUUUUUUUAAUGACACCUUUUAAAAAUAAAUUAGUUUUGACCUCCUCAGGUUUCUAUCUUGAAGAUAUACUGUAAGGAACUUGGGAUAUUAGGCUCUGUCAUAAAAUGCAAUAAAAAGUAAAUUAUUACAAUGAGUAACACACAAAUAAUUUUUUAAAUUUUCAGCUCAUGAGGACUCCAGACUUAGGGAAGUAAAACUGUUUGUCCUAAACAAUGCCUUUGGGGACCUUUUACUGUUUUGAUCCAGUUUUUGAAAAAUAGACCAAAUCCAAAUUAGUGUAGGACUGCUAAUAGGAAUUUCCAGUUUACCUGGUCAGUGCUAUCUCUGUAUCUAAGGAGAGAACUGUGGUUUCUAACUUGUUAAUGGAGCAGUAAUCUAUUACAUUUAUUAGUCUAUGUGUAUUACUAACUGAGUGUCUACCCUUGUCAAAACCAGAUCGAUCUUUUCAAAUCUUCUGGUAAGCAGGUUGCAAAUUAUUUUAAGGUCUGUAUUUGCAAGUGAAAUUGGAUGGUAGCUGGAUGGUGAUUGCCUGGUUUAAGAAGCAGGCGAAUGUUGGCAGAGUUCAUGUUUGGAGAUUGUGUGUGAGAUCAUUCUCAAUUUGAGUCACCAUUCUGAAAAAAGUGGGUGCUAGCACAGAAUUCUUUAUAAAACUGCUGGAAAACCAUUUGAACCUGGGGCUUUAGGAGAUGCUGUUAUUAACCCAGUGAACUGAUGAAAAUGAGAGCAAAAGGAACGAAUCAGAAAAAGGCAUUGUGUAUACAGAUCACCUGAUCAAUCAAUACAGCCAUGGCAUAGUAAUCUGGUCACGGUAUACCUGUCCAUUGACAUAAAGUUUAGCGACUGCGAUGACAGCCCGGGAGCCUCCUUCCAGUAACUUUUUUUUGGAUCAGGAACAGGACUUUGUGUCACUCCAGGAUUUCCUUUGGAAACUGAUCAUUCACACUCUUGAGAAGCUCUUUUUGCUUGAAGUGUUCGUAUUUGGGUCUGCAUCUUCCGGGUUGCUUCCCUGCCAGGCGGUGGAACACGGUGAAAGGUGAUGCCUUUCCAGGAGCUUUGGGUGAGUUUGUAUAAUCACUUCUACUGUAGUUUCAGGAUCUUCUUCUGUCUUCUCUCUCAUUCUCUAGCAUGCCUGAGAACACAAGGUUUUCCCUCAUGCUGCGGGCCUGGAGCUCGAUAACCCUUUUAGGUCAUUCCCUCAGUGAGGGAUUUCACUGACUCUCCAAGGACAGUGUUUUUUGCGGUGUGGAAAAACUCCACUCCACUCCAAGUGUGGGAAGUCAAAGGCAAACAAGAGUGCAGUGUGUGUCCUGACAGCUUUAACAAGGACUGUAGCAAGAAGACAAGAGAAGAUAUACAGAAGGCAAACUACAUUAAAAGAAAAGCAAUUAAAAUCAAACGAGACUGAAGGACAACAAAGACGAACUUUGCUCCACAAAGAAGGCUGUUUUGCAGCACAGAUUAGAAAAGCCAUAGUUGUAAAGAGCAGCAGAAGCGUGAAAAGGCAGUUCAAUGGCAUACCGGCUGUUUGAAGGGAAGGAUCAUGCUACUAUCUACCAAAAGUAUCGCUUUACACCUCCAAAAAGGCUCAUGGAUGUUAUCAUUCAGUAUUUAGAUAAAAAGAAGGGACAGCCACAUGAGCUGGCAGUCGAUCUGGGAUGUGGAACUGGUCAGAAUUCACGUCUACUGGCACCGCACUUCAAGGAAGUGGUGGGUCUUGACAUCAGUGAGGGUCAAUUGGAGGAAGCCAGAGCUGUGCCAGGGUACUCUAACAUCACAUACAGAAAGGGGACAGCAGAAGAGCUUCCAUUUUCAGAUGCAUCUGUAGACCUUCUGACAGCAGCUUCAGCAGCCCACUGGUUUGAUCAGUCAAGGUUUCUAGCAGAGGCAAGUCGGGUCUUGAAACCUGGAGGCUGCAUGGCUCUACUGGGCUUCAGUGAUCAUAACACCAAACUCUACUACCAGGACUGUGGAGACAGGCUCAAAAACAUCUAUGAAGAGGUGAAGCAGUUGCUGCAGCCAUACACAAGCAACCGAGUAGCUGUAGCUGAUAAUAAGCUGGAAGAGCUGUACUCUGCCAUUCCAUUUCCAGACAAAGAAAGGAUUGAUUGUUUUCAAGCAAAGUCUUUGAUCUCAGUGAGCAAUCUGGUGGGUUUCAUUCAGAGCUGUUCCAUGUUCCAAGUUUACAGUUUAAAAGACCCCAAAGGUGCUGAAGACCUGCUGUUCAACACUGAGAAGAGGUUCCUUGAAGAGAUGGGAGUCACAUCUCCUGACACUGAAAUAGAGCAUGAACUGGAGUAUUUCUGCAUCCUGGCAUCCAAACCACAUUGAUCAACACUUCAGCAUUUAAUUAGUGAUGGGACUCGAUUAAAAACUUUAAUUGAGUUAAUUACAGGGUCUGUAAUUAAUUAAUCACAAUUAAUCGCAAUCCAUAUAUCAACAAAUUAAACAUUUUCAAUUAAAAAAAAUCCUUUUGCUACUAAAAUUUUGAAUGAAUAGAUGUAUGUGCUUAACAACAAACAUGUUUAUUGCUUUUUGAAAGUUUUUCUUUUAAUUGUUAUUAAACCAACAGAUUGGGCAAAGUGUUAUUAUAGUUAUUCAGAUUUCAAGUAUUUCAGGAACCCCUGAUUGUUUAACUUAUUUGAAAAAUAAAAAAAAUUAAUGUAAACAGCACACUAGACAAUAAUGAUAGCACCAUUUCUUGUACAGAGCUGUAAAAAUUAAAAAUAAAUAAAACAACUAUACAAUAUUGCAACUCUUGUGAGAGUUUAACAUCUGGUGUAAACAAAAAUUAAAGUGCUAUUUCUAAAGUAACAACAGAAUUAUGGCAAAACAACAUAUUGCAUUUAAGAGCUUAGAAUUUAACACAACAUUCAACCUGCAAUAUUUUGUACAACCAAAACAUAUAACACUGAGGCUACUUUUUCUCCUUGAGCCAGUUACUGAGACAAACGAGCCUGUUCACAUUUUCAGAUCUUAAGGCUGCUCUUUUCUUCUGGAUGAUGUUCCCAGCAAGUGAGAACACCGUCUCACAUGGGACAGAAGUGGCAGGGCUUGCUAGCUAGCUUUGUCGUCCAUCGUUGUUGUUUGCGAAUGUCGCUUGUGCAUCAGAUUUACAGGCGUGCUAGAACACGCGAAUACAAAGGUUCCAGCUCCAAACUUUAAAAAAAUGUGAUUAAUAAAAUUUUUAACGCAUUAAAAUCUUUGUAAUUAAUUAAUCGAAAUUAACGCGUUAAAGUCCCGGCCCUACAUUUAAUGUAUAUCA